AAAAGAAAUGGCUGUAUGUGAAAGUUAACAACAGUUGCUGUACAUGAUCGUUUCUCAGAUAUAUUCCUCCUCAUCUUAGGGCUCUCUUCUGCAUCAAUCUCGGAGAGAUCCAAAGUCUCUCUCUCUCACGCGCGCGCGCGCUCUCUCUCACACCCACCUCAUCUUCUCCUUAUUAUCAUGAGAAGAAAGAAAUACCCCAGAAUCGCACCAAAAUUACGGUUUUACUUCUUUCCGCUCUCUCGUUCUCUCUAUAUAGGGUAGGUUUCAGAUUUUCAGGUUCCAGAUUCUUAGGGUUUUAGCGGAUAAAGAGACGGAAGAGCGGGAGAGAGAGAGAUGGAAGGAUUUGACGGUGGGGAUGGGAUUGAUGGGAACCCUAACCCUAACAAUUUCCGGGAAUUCGGCGACGGGUCCUCAGAUAAUACUCGCUUUGACGCAUCACAAUAUGCAUUCUUUGGUAAGGAUGUUUUGGAGGAAGUUGAGCUGGGGGGAUUGGAAGAUGAUCAAGAUGAUGCUGCAUUAGUUGGCUUUGAAGAUGAUGAGUAUCGGUUUUCUUCCCUCGGGGAUAGAGAAGAGAAUGCAUCUGUAUGGAAGCUGCACCUCUCGCUUCUUACAGACAAUUGGUGAAGGCUUGGGAUCUUUAUCUGAUGUUGAUGAUCUUGCAAAUACUUUUUCAAUGAUAAACAAGGUUGUAAGUGGACCAAGCAGUGCAGGAAACAUUGGUGAUAGGGGAUCUUUUUCUAGGGAAAGUUCAUCUACUGCAGAUUGGUCGCAGGAGGCAGACUUUUCUAACUGGUUAGAUCAGCAGAUAUUAGAUGCUGAAAAUUUUCAGGAAGGCAAAAGAUGGUGGUCACAGCCACACCCUUCUUCCGCUCGUCUCGCGGAAUCCAAGCCAUUGUACAGAACAUCUUCAUAUCCCCAGCAGCCACAGGAGCAACAUGGCUCCAGUGAACCAAUUCUCCUACCCAAAUCAUCGUUCACUUCCUACCCUCCUCCUGGGGGUCGAUCUCAGGCAUCCCCGAACCAUUCACACCACCCAAACAAUCCACCCCCUCCUCCAGGACUCCAGAUGCCUUUAUCUGCACCGAAUCUCUCUCCUUUCUCAGGUCCACAGCUUAAUUUGCCUGGCCCACCUCAUGGUUUACACUAUAGUGGAAAUAUGCCUCAGUUCAACCCUCAAAACAUCGCCAUCAAUAGUCGACCACACAACCCAUGGCUGAACCAGUCCAACUUAUUCUCUGGGGAGCAUUCCAGUCUCUUGCCUGGCUUGUUACAACAGCAGUUACCUCAUCCAAAUGGAUUAAUGCCUCCACAGUUAUUGGCACAGCAACAACAGCAUAGGUUACACCAAGUCCAAUCUUCUUUGGCCCAUUUAUCUGCCAUUCAAUCUCAACUUUUUAACCAACAUCCUUCACCCCAACAUCUGAUCAACAAGUAUGAAGCGAUGCUUGGGGCAGCUGAUCUGAGAGACCAAAGGUCGAAGCCAACACAAAGAGGGAGGCACAACCUUCGUUUUUCUCAACAUGGCUCUGAUACAGGUAGCCAGAAGAGUGAUAAUGGAUGGCCGCAGUUUAGAUCCAAGUACAUGUCAGCUGAAGAAAUUGAGAGUAUUCUGAGAAUGCAACAUGCCGCUACUCACAGCAAUGAUCCAUACAUAGAUGACUACUACCACCAAGCUUGUCUAGCAAAAAGCUCCAAUGGGUCAAGGGUGAAACACCAUUUUUGUCCUUCUUAUGUAAGGGAUCUGCCUUCUCGAGCCCGUGCUACUGCUGAACCACAUGCUUAUCUUCAGGUUGAUGCUCUUGGGCGGGUUCCCUUCUCUUCCAUCCGCAGGCCACGCCCUCUCCUUGAAGUCGACCCUCCAUCUGCUCCCGGCGACAGUUCCUUCGAACAGAAAACUUCUGAGAAGCCCCUCGAGCAAGAACCGAUGCUGGCGGCCAGAAUCACUGUUGAAGAUGGCCUUUAUCUUCUUCUUGAUGUAGAUGAUAUUGAUCGGCUUCUACACUUCGGUCAGCCCCCAGAUGGUGGCUCCCAACUGAGGCGGAGGCGGCAGGUUCUGCUGGAGGGACUCGCUGCCUCGCUUCAGCUGGUCGAUCCACUUGGACCAGGCAAAUGUGGUGGCAACUCAGUGGGGUUAGCCCCCAAGGAUGACCUCGUGUUCCUACGCAUUGUUUCCCUUCCCAAGGGCCGGAAACUCCUCUCAAAGUACCUGCAGCUCCUCUUUCCUGGCAGUGAGCUUACACGGAUCGUCUGCAUGGCCAUCUUCCGUCACCUGCGGUUCUUAUUUGGUGGUCUUCCAUCUGAUUCAAGUGCUGCUGACACAACAGUAGGCCUCGCUAGGACAGUUUCUGCAUGCGUGCACAGCAUGGAUCUGAGUGCACUCAGUGCAUGCCUUGCUGCCGUUGUCUGCUCCCCUGAACAGCCACCGCUCCGUCCAGUAGGCAGUCCAGCUGGUGAUGGAGCAUCUGUCAUCAUAAAAUCCGUUCUUGAAAGGGCAACCGACCUUUUAACCAAUCCUCAUGCUGCCGGCAAUUACAGCAUGCCUAACCGAGCCCUCUGGCAGGCAUCAUUCGACGAAUUCUUUGGGCUGCUUACAAAAUACUGCCUUAGUAAGUACGACACCAUCAUGCAAUCCUUGAUGUUGCAGGCACCAAACACGGCCGUUAUUGGGGCAGAAGCAGCUAGAGCUAUAAGCCGGGAGAUGCCAGUUGAGCUUCUACGUGCAAGCCUUCCCCACACGGAUGAUCAUCAGCGCAAGCUAUUAUUGGAUUUUGCUCAAAGGUCCAUGCCUGUCACAGGAUUCAACACACACAGUGGCGGCCAGAUAAAUUCCGAAUCUGUACCUGGGUAGUACUUCAUGAAGAACAAACUAUGUAUGGUUUAAGAACACCAUCUUGUAUGCGAGUUCUCUACAUUGUGGUCGUUUUCUGAUGCUUUUGCACCCUGAAACGGAAUGUCGCUGGUGGGGUGUGGGCAGCUCUAGUGGUCAGUCAGUUUAGAUUUAUGGGUUUUUCUUUAUUUGGUUAUCUUCUCUUUUUUUAUUUUUCAUUUCUCUUAUGGAUGAACUUUUUAUAGUCGUAUGGCCAAUGUGUAUUAUGCUUCAACUUGUGUGGGAUACAAGUGGGCUAGAGGUUUUCUUCAAAGGGAGCUUGAUUUUGGUGUGCUCUGAAGAGAAACUCCAGACCCAAGUAGUAGUGUUACAAUGUACAGGGAAUAUUUCUGGGAGCCUUUUCUCUUUUCUAUUUUUUCAUCUUUAAAGGGAGAUAGGUGACCCACAAAUGGGAAGGAUUUUGGGAUUUGUGUUUUGGUUGGUGAGGAAGUUGGGGUAGGUACUGUGUACUGUUUCUACUACCUGUAAUAAUCACAAUGUACCUUUGUUAUAGACAGAUUGGGAAUUUUCGCCUUCUUUUUUU